AUGUCAACUCUCCCCAGUGACCAUCCACUUUCAUUGCGCCCAGCACCAAAUACAUCCAAUACCUCCAUUCCAUUACCCCAAUUAAUCGCAAGAAUCAAUGCCGAACGAGGUGGCUUUCGCAAUAUUUCAGAAGACAGCCUGCGACAAGAGAUCGCGGAAGCUGAAGCUGGAGGAGACGAAGAGGAGAAUGAGAGUUCCAGUGAGGAUGGAGAAGCAGAGGAGGAACCGGAUCGAAUGAAAGAACUUCUCACAGCAAGAGAUGAGAUUCUUGGUCAAAUUGAACAUGCCCAUAAUGCGGCUAUGAUAUCUCUUGAUUUCAUUUCCCUCCUUCUUUCGAAAGAUACCCCCGUACAAGCUAGCACAUCAAUAUCACCAUCACUUCGUGAACUGGCUGGAAUGGGUACUUUGGGUGCGGACAAAACCGUAGCCCCACGAUUUACCAAAGAACAGAAUCAAGAAAAUAAAAAGAUAGCCAAAGGUUGGAAAGCAUCAAAUCUCAGCAAGACCGUAGAUUCGAUUCUGGCAUCUGCCACCCGAUUAGAAAAAGAAAUCAACGCGGAAACAAAAUAUUGGGAACAAGUACUUGCUGUUAGUGAAAGUGGAUGGGCAGUAUGUCGAUUGCCCCAAGAAAAACAUACAUUGGGUGUUAGAUUUGGAUUUUCAGAAGCCUCUCCAACAUUUCGAAAUCGUAGUCUCGGUGCACUUAGACGAAACCCUGAUGGAUCAAUAUACUUAGACCAAGGGAUUGCAAGUCCAGAGCCUCAGAGUAUACGAGUUUUGAUCGAAACCAAUGGAGUUACAACCGGAGAAACCAUACUUCCUAAAGCAGUACCACAUGAUGCACCUAUUCAAGAUUUAAUUCUUCAAGCACGAAACACGAUUUUUGCCUCUGAACUUUGGCAAGAAAUGACUCGGGAAGUUAGAACUCUCGCAUCUCAUGGCCUCCAAUCAGAUUCCAAAACGAACACCAUCAGAUUUCCAAUUUCUCCAACUAAGAGGAUCUUGAUCGAGCUUCAGACAGUACCUACCGAUCCUUUCCGACCAGUUCUUGGUCCGAGACCAGAUUCAUACCUUGCCAAUGGCAUCUAUCUGACUCUUCACCUUCUUCUAUCUCUCUCGCAUCGUCAACAAUAUCGUAUUCGAACUCGUCCACCACCACCAAUCUCCAGCCAACCGCGUCCAAACAACCCAUUCCCUAUUCUACGCUCUUUAGUGACUCGCCUCGCUCACGAAACGGUCGUUUCGUCUCUUCACUCACUUCUCACCCCGCUCUGCAAGACACUUACCUCCGCCUCUCUUUCAACUCCACCAACCUACACCAUUCUCCCGGGUACUUCUUCACCUUUACCACAUCUUUCAACUCCCGAACGGAUUCUCACCGCUUUAACAAAUCAGCUCGAAUCCCUAACCACAAUUAAUUUCCCCUUUCCCCUUUUAUCACCACCUCAUUCCUCAAUCCCAUCAUCAUUUUCACACACGACUCCACUAACUCCAUUGCCUUCGUCCCUUCAAAUCCGCACGGUAACCACUACCCUCAACUACUCUCGGCCAAUCUACUAUCUACGCAUAACACCAGAAACUUCUCCUCUCCUUCAAAUUUGUCCACCACCCAGCACAGUACCAGAAUGGGAUUAUGUGAAAAACUACAUUCUCUGGGCCGUCAGCUGUUGGCUCGCACACAUCUUCUCCUCUUCAUCCAAACCAAGCGAAGAUGAAGAACCCUGGAAACCAACAACCCAGCCCAACAUCCUCCGCAAAAUCUUCUCAGAAGAAUCGCCAUAUGAAGGAGGCGUCAAACAAAUCUGUUUCGACGUCUCGUCGAUUCCAAUCCUGGGACCAGAAGCUCCGAAUAAAAUUGGAGAGAUGGGGAAAGAGACCAUUAAAAUCUCGGUUAGGUGGGAGUGGACCACAGGGAUGGAGCAGGAGUGGAAGGAGAAGGAGAAGAGGGAUUUGAAAAGAGGGGAGGGGGUGUAUGAUUGGUAUUAUGCUGGGGUGCAGGGAGGAGAAUUGGAGGAGGUGGUUAGGAAGAUGGGGGAGGUCGUUGAGGAGGCUGGGAGGGGGAGGGAGAGGAGUUAG